UAUCGAUAUGCCAUGCAUGAAAUCGAUGUUAAUUGAGAUUUUUUGAGUAUCGAUACUAGAAGUCGAUACUUUGCACUGGCAAAACGUAAACAACUGGCAACACGUGCGCGGAUUUUACAAAUUAUUGAAUAAAAUGGAAUUAUUCACAGUAAAUCGAUACACCGAGGAUCAGAGUAAACUGGCACAGGGCAGUGGCGAGGCGGCAAAUGAAGAUGAAAUUUUGCAAAAGCUUCUGCAAAAAGCCGAAAAGCGUAAACGGAAACAUAAAAACAUCGAGGAGGCGACAGUAAAAGAGCCAGAAGCAGAACAAUCAGAUAAAGCUGUAGAAACAAUAGUGCAAACAGAAAAUGCAACAGAGCAACAGACAGAAACAGCAUCCGCUGACGCCAAAGAAACGGAGGAAGAGCCUUCGCAUGAUUUCCAAGUGCUCGGAGCGGAUUCCUCAACGGCUAAACGACCAAAAGUGGAAAUGGUAUUGCCAAGCUGGCUGGCACAUCCCACAAUUAUCGAAGGAGGUUUGAAAGCAGCUGACAGUGCCGAUGCGGAGGCAGAUGCCGCAUCCAUUAAACAGCUGCCCUACCUGGAGAAAUACAUCCGCAGUGCACUAAAGCAAAUGAAGAUCAAACGUCUCUUUCCGGUGCAGAUUGCCGUUAUUCCUUGGAUACUGGAGGCGCAAGCUAAGCCCGAGCCUUUUCGACCAAGGGAUGUCUGCGUCUCGGCACCCACAGGCAGUGGAAAGACUUUGGCUUUUGCCAUACCCAUUGUCCAGCUGUUGGCCAAGCGAGUGCAAUGCAAAGUACGCGCCUUAGUGGUGUUACCUGUAGCAGAGUUGGCUUUACAGGUGUAUAAAGUCUUCAGCGCACUGUGCAGCCUGACAGAGCUGGAGGUGUGUCUGCUAUCCAAGCAGCAUCGCCUGGAGGAUGAGCAGGACAAGCUAGUGGAACAGUAUAAGGGUGUCUACUACUCCAAGGUGGACAUUGUGGUCACUACACCAGGUCGUUUGGUGGAUCAUUUGCAUGCCACAAAGGGCUUCUGCCUAAAGUCCCUAAAAUUUCUGGUCAUUGAUGAGGCGGAUCGUAUCAUGGACGCUGUCUUCCAAAACUGGCUCUAUCAUCUGGAUGCUCAUGUCCGUUCGACAGCUGAUCAACUGCUGACCGGUGUGCAGGCGCCGCUUUGUUACCAGGAGCUGCUCAAUAGUUGGGGUAAGCAGCCGCAUAAGCUGCUCUUCUCGGCCACGCUCUCCCAGGAUCCUGAGAAGCUGCAGAACUUGCGUCUGUUCCAGCCCAAGCUCUUUACCACGAAGCUUACUAUGCCAGUUUUACAGCCUGCACUUGACAACGCAGAACUGCCUGAUCAGACCAGUACAUUUAUUGGCAAAUAUACAACGCCUGCGGAACUAACGGAACAGUACUGCGUGACGGAAAUGCGACUGAAGCCACUUACGCUGUAUGCCAUGGUGCUUUUAAAUAAUUGGAAACGGUUUUUGUGCUUUACUAACAGUGCCGACACAGCCAACCGUUUGGCCUGUGUGCUCGUUCAUCUGUUCAAGGACUCGACGAUACGCGUUAGAGAGCUAUCCGCCAAAAUGUCUGCAACAAAGCGAGGCCAUCGCCUUUCGGACUUCGCUCGUGGCAAUAUUCACGGCCUCGUCUGCUCGGAUGCAUUGGCUAGAGGCAUUGAUGUGCCAAAUGUGGACGUCGUAGUAUCCUACGAGGCGCCGCGUCACAUCAAGACGUACAUACAUCGUGUGGGUCGUACGGCGCGUGCUGGCCAGAAAGGCACUGCCAUAACGCUGCUCACGGACAAGGAUCAGGCGAACUUUAAGAAAAUGCUCAACGAAGUAGGCAAAUCAAUGGGCGAGGAGCUAAUCAUCUCUCCGGACAUUGAAGUCGAACAUGCAGCCAUCUACAAGAGUGCUCUGGAGCUGCUGCGCUUGCGCCAAGAGAAAAAGAAGAGCGCCAUCAAGGUGCAGAAAAUGCGCAUUAGUCGCAAAGCAGAUUUGCACAAGAAACCUGAAGCGGAGAUGACUCUCAUGGAGAAACUUCAGUUCAAGGUGGGUGUCCAAGAGAGCAAGGUGAAAAAGACGACGAAACAUGCCGUUAUAAAGACCCAGAAGCCGACUAAACGCCAACCCAUUAAAGAGUAAAUAUGUAAAAGUCUGUCGUGAGGGAAUGUUCAAUAAACGUAAAUCUAUAAUAAAAUGUAUUUAUAAAGGAAUCUUAUCUACUGAUAGAAACUGGAAAUUAUAGAGAUUUGUAAUCCCAGAGUAAGGCAGAAUAUGAAUGAGUCUGUGUCUGGCAACAUUUUUAUUGGGCAACACAUGCGCUUGGCAACAUUUGCGCUUUGCAACACUUGUGAUUGGCAUCGCAACAAUUGCGUUUGGGAACAUUAAGACUUUGGCAACAUGCAAGCUUGUCAACAUUCUCGUAUGGCAACAUGUGAAUUUGGCAAUGGAUGACUUGGAGAAAUGCAAUAAAAUGACGAGAGCUACAAUAAAAAACGCAAAAACACGGGUCUUGGGUAAAUACCUGUUACAUAGAGCUAACUGAAAGUAUAUUUAUAUGAAUAGCUAAAAGUUCAAAUGUAUUGAAAUAUAUUAUAAAAAAAUGUCUUAUCACUGUGAGAGAGUCAAGAGUCAAGUGAUUCCCCCACGGGUACAUUACCGAAAGCAUAAAGAAAAUGUGACAAAGCAUAACAUAUUUUGAAAAAAAAAUCAAGCUAAGCUUGGAA